AUGGCUCCCAUGCGCACCAUGCCGAUUCAAGGACUCAGCAACUCGGCCACCGGCACCAUCUCUGUCUCAGACACGCAAGCACGCUCUCUCGUCUGCAUCUUCCGUGCCGGCAAGGACAACAGCUGGGAAAUAGUCAACAACAAUACCGUCUUUUCCGCUCUAGACCUGCAGCAAGGACUGACUCUGGGCAUCGAUGCCCGCGAUACACGCCGUAAUGGCGGCUGGGACGGCUGCACCACCGUCGACUUUACGGUUAAGGACGGCGAGGCCGUAUCCAAGGAUAGCGUCAUGCUCCGCGUUGCGCCCGUGCUGCUCCAUCACCACCGCCAGCCGAUCGAGAAAGUCUUCACGUCUAGCUUCCGAGAGGGCUCACUGACCCCCUCAAUCACCAACUAUCUUCAGGGCCUCAUCAAGAGUAUCGAAGACAGCAUGCAGCGGGCGCAGGUGCCCGGCCCCAUCACGCAGCUCGCCACCGAUGAUCCCUGGGCGCAGGACUACUUUGAGCCUGGGUACACGAGCAUGCCUGGGCCCGACGGCAGGGUCGUUUCGCUGCGUGUCAUAAUUGAAGGCAGACACAACCCUGGUCGCAACUCCACCGGCCUUAUUUACACCACUCUCCGCGGCGAUCACGUCGGCGGGGUCGCGGCGCGCCCUCCUCCAUCUCCCCUGACUCUAAAGGAUUCAACCUAUAAUGCCGGCGGUAACAUGGAAAUGCUUCCUCCGUAUGAAUAUAAUGCUCAGAAGUUCCCGGCCGGUCGCAUCAUUGUCGGCGGUGAUCAUAACAACCAGCCCCAAGGGAUGGAUUUUCUCAAGGCUCGGGUGAUGCAGGACCCUUUGGUUCUCGACUCUACCUGGCUCUUGUCAAGCACGUCGACGAGAUGCUCCAAGCCAUUCCUGUCAAGACGGAGCGCGGCUGGGCUAUUGUCGCUAUUGAUCCGCAGUUAG